ACGAGGAGCUGCCGCGCCGCGAGCAUGGAGGAGGCGGCGGCGGGCGAGGACAAGGCGGGCCACGGCCCGAACGGGCACGCCGAGGGCCCGGCGGCCGAGGGGCGGCGGGGCGGCGGGGCCCGGCUGCGGGGCUGCCGCGGGUUCCUGCAGCGCAACGCGCUGGUGCUGCUGACGGUGUCGGGGGUGGUGGCCGGCGUGGCGCUGGGGGCCGCCGUGCGCGGCGCGGCGCUGGGCCCCGCGCAGGUCGCCUACCUGGCCUUCCCCGGGGAGCUGCUGCUGCGGAUGCUGCGCAUGGUGAUCCUGCCGCUCGUGGUCUGCAGCCUGGUGUCGGGCGCCGCCAGCCUGGACACCCGCUCGCUCGGCCGCCUGGGAGGCAUCGCCCUCGCCUAUUUCCUGGGCACCACGCUGCUCGCCUCCGGCCUCGCCGUGGCCCUCGGCUUCAUCAUCCGCCCCGGCGCCGGAGCCUCCGCUCUCAACACGCCCGGGUUGGGGCUGCCGGGCGCGCUGCCCACCAGCAAGGAAACCGUGGACUCCUUCCUCGACCUCGUCAGAAACCUGUUUCCUGCAAAUCUUGUUGCUGCAGCUUUCCGAACGUAUGCGACAGACUAUAAGAUGCUGCUCAGAAACACUACCUCUGGAAAUGUCACGUUGGAAAAGAUCCCUGUCGGUACUGAGAUUGAGGGGAUGAACAUCCUGGGACUGGUGCUGUUCGCUCUGGUUUUGGGAGUGGCCCUGAAAAAGCUUGGCCAGGAGGGGGAAGAUCUGAUUCGCUUCUUUAAUUCAUUCAAUGAGGCGACCAUGGUCCUGGUUUCCUGGAUUAUGUGGUAUGUACCUAUUGGCAUUAUGUUCCUUGUUGGGAGCAAGAUUGUGGAAAUGGAAGAUAUUGUGCUUCUGGUGACCAGUCUGGGAAAAUACAUCUUCGCCUCUAUUCUGGGCCACUUCAUCCAUGGAGGAAUCAUUCUGCCACUUAUUUAUUUUGCAGCCACACGUCAAAAUCCAUAUCGUUUUCUAUUAGGACUUAUCACACCACUUGCCACCGCUUUUGCCACUUGCUCCAGCUCAGCCACUCUCCCCUCCAUGAUCAAGUGUAUUGAGGAGAACAACAAGGUGGACAAAAGGAUCAGCAGGUUUAUCCUUCCUAUUGGGGCCACUGUAAACAUGGAUGGAGCUGCUAUUUUUCAGUGCAUGGCAGCUGUGUUUAUUGCUCAGCUGAACAACGUCGACCUCAACCCUGGGCAAAUCUUCACCAUUCUCGUGACAGCCACUGCCUCCAGCGUGGGAGCAGCCGGAGUCCCUGCCGGAGGUGUCCUCACCAUCGCCAUCAUCCUGGAGGCCAUUGGGCUGCCCACCAACGACCUCUCCUUGAUACUGGCCGUGGACUGGAUUGUGGACCGAACCACCACAGUUGUGAAUGUGGAAGGGGAUGCCCUAGGAGCGGGCAUCCUUAAUUACCUGAAUGAAAAAGACAAGAAAAGCAGAGAGCAGGAGCUAAAGGAAGUCACCGUAGAAGCAAUUGCCAACAACAAGUCUGAAACGGAAACAUCGCCUUUGGUAACCCACAAAAACCCAGUCUCCAACACAAGCAGCACAGCAGACCCUGAAUCCAAGGAAUCAGUAUUGUGAACUCGAGGCUGUUCGUCAAGACCUGCCCCAGAGGUGGCCCCGGGGACUUGUCAGCGCACCGGGACGUUUGCAGUGUGACCAGGGGCUUGGAUGGCUCUUG